AUGCUAAGUGUUGCAAAUUUUUCAUCUUCUGACGAAGAAGACGAAACCAAUGCUUAUAAUCUUAUUUGUUAUCGCAGGCAGAUAAGAAUUCAGUCAAACAUAUUUUCCCUUCCAAGUUCAAAAUUUGUAAGCAAUUUUAGACUGAACAAAGCGUCUUUUCGGUACGUUCUAAGGACAAUUUCACAAAAACUUCGUGAUCCCUCCAGAUCAACAUGUGUGCCUAAAACUUUGCGGCUGGCAGCAACACUAAGAAUACUCGCGGAAGGUAGCUACCAAAAAGGAGCAGGAAACGAUUUCAACGUGGGCCUGGCACAACCCACAAUGAGUUGUGUCUUUCACGAGUGCAUAGAUGCGAUGUAUAGCGAACUUUGCUCCAAAUGGAUUACAUUCAAAAUGAGCGAAAGGGAAAAGAUGGAAAUAAAGGAACAUUUCUAUGGCCAAACGAGGUUUCCGGGCGUAAUUGGCUGUAUUGAUGGCACCCAUAUAAAGAUUUUGGCUCCAACUCUAUCAGAACGUUGGAAAUACUAUAAUAGAAAGGGAUUUUAUAGCUUAAAUGUGAUGGUGGUCUGUGAUCAUAAACUAAGAAUACGUUAUAUUUCACCAAGCCAUCCAGGUUCAGCACACGAUUCGUUGGUAUGGAAUGUUAGUGAUCUUAAAGCAUAUCUUGCAGAACGAUAUAAUAACGGAGAAAGAAACACAUGGCUUUUAGGUGAUGCAGGAUAUCCACUAGAACCAUAUUUAAUCACCCCCUUUAGGGCAGCAGAAGAAGGCAGUGCUGAGUCUCGAUUUAACACAGUACAUUCAAAAGCAAGAAAUAUUGUGGAAAGAACAAUUGGUGUUGCAAAAAAUAGAUUCCGCUGCCUGCUUGGUGCGAGACAGUUGCAUUAUUCUCCAGAAAUGGCCGCGAAGAUUACCGCAGUUUGUGCAGCUUUACAUAAUAUAUAUGCAUCCACUAUAAACUCGAUCAUAGUGAAUUUGAAAUCCCUUUAGAAAAUCAAAAUUCAGAUGAAGAUUAUAAUGAAAAUAAUGGCGACAUGACAGCAACAAGUAUAAGAUUAAAUAUCAUGAACACAAUGAAUGUAUAAAAAAAUUAGUUUUAUUGAACAC